CACACACACACACACACACACACACUGUCAGGAAGUGGGAAGACAUUUCUCAAGGUGCAGUAGAUAAACGUGUCAGAAGGCCAGUGAAAGAAUGUCGCUUCCGAUACUCUCUUACCACUGCUGCCCAUACACCACUUCCACAUCUAAACAUCAUAGUUACUGUUCCCCCACAACAAGACUCUCUGCACACGUUCCACACACCACAUCUAAACAUCAUAGUUACUGUUCCUCCACAACAAGACUCUCUGCACACGUUCCACACACCACUUCCACAUCUAAACAUCAUAGUUACUGUUCCUCCACAACAAGACUCUCUGCACACGUUCCACACACCACAUCUAAACGUCAUAGUUACUGUUCCUCCACAACAAGACUCUCUGCACACGUUCCACACACCACAUCUAAACAUCAUAGUUACUGUUCCCCCACAACAAGACUCUCUGCACACGUUCCACACACCACAUCUAAACGUCAUAGUUACUGUUCCUCCACAACAAGACUCUCUGCACACGUUCCACACACCACUUCCACAUCUAAACAUCAUAGUUACUGUUCCCCCACAACAAGACUCUCUGCACACGUUCCACACACCACAUCUAAACAUCAUAGUUACUGUUCCUCCACAACAAGACUCUCUGCACACGUUCCACACACCACAUCUAAACAUCAUAGUUACUGUUCCCCCACAACAAGACUCUCUGCACACGUUCCACACACCACAUCUAAACAUCAUAGUUACUGUUCCUCCACAACAAGACUCUCUGCACACGUUCCACACACCACAUCUAAACAUCAUAGUUACUGUUCCUCCACAACAAGACUCUCUGCACACGUUCCACACACCACAUCUAAACAUCAUAGUUACUGUUCCUCCACAACAAGACUCUCUGCACACGUUCCACACACCACAUCUAAACAUCAUAGUUACUGUUCCUCCACAACAAGACUCUCUGCACACGUUCCACACACCACAUCUAAACAUCAUAGUUACUGUUCCCCCACAAAAAGACUCUCUGCACACGUUCCACACACCACUUCCACAACUAAACAUCAUAGUUACUGUUCCCCCACAACAAGACUCUCUGCACACGUUCCACACACCACUUCCACAUCUAAACAUCAUAGUUACUGUUCCUCCACAACAAGACUCUCUGCACACGUUCCACACACCACAUCUAAACAUCAUAGUUACUGUUCCUCCACAAGACUCUCUGCACACGUUCCACACACCACAUCUAAACAUCAUAGUUACUGUUCCUCCACAACAAGACUCUCUGCACACGUUCCACACACCACUUCCACAUCUAAACAUCAUAGUUACUGUUCCCCCACAACAAGACUCUCUGCACACGUUCCACACACCACAUCUAAACAUCAUAGUUACUGUUCCCCCACAACAAGACUCUCUGCACACGUUCCACACACCACAUCUAAACAUCAUAGUUACUGUUCCCCCACAACAAGACUCUCUGCACACGUUCCACACACCACAUCUAAACAUCAUAGUUACUGUUCCUCCACAACAAAACUCUCUGCACACGUUCCACACACCACAUCUAAACAUCAUAGUUACUGUUCCUCCACAACAAGACUCUCUGCACACGUUCCACACACCACAUCUAAACAUCAUAGUUACUGUUCCUCCACAACAAGACUCUCUGCACACGUUCCACACACCACAUCUAAACAUCAUAGUUACUGUUCCCCCACAACAAGACUCUCUGCACACGUUCCACACACCACAUCUAAACAUCAUAGUUACUGUUCCUCCACAACAAGACUCUCUGCACACGUUCCACACACCACUUCCACAUCUAAACAUCAUAGCUACUGUUCCCCCACAACAAGACUCUCUGCACACGUUCCACACAUCACAUCUAAACAUCAUAGUUACUGUUCCUCCACAACAAGACUCUCUGCACACGUUCCACACACCACUUCCACAUCUAAACAUCAUAGUUACUGUUCCCCCACAACAAGACUCUCUGCACACGUUCCACACACCACUUCCACAUCUAAACAUCAUAGUUACUGUUCCCCCACAACAAGACUCUCUGCACACGUUCCACACACCACAUCUAAACAUCAUAGUUACUGUUCCUCCACAACAAGACUCUCUGCACACGUUCCACACACCACAUCUAAACAUCAUAGUUACUGUUCCUCCACAACAAGACUCUCUGCACACGUUCCACACACCACUUCCACAUCUAAACAUCAUAGUUACUGUUCCCCCACAACAAGACUCUCUGCACACGUUCCACACACCACAUCUAAACAUCAUAGUUACUGUUCCUCCACAACAAGACUCUCUGCACACGUUCCACACACCACUUCCACAUCUAAACAUCAUAGUUACUGUUCCCCCACAACAAGACUCUCUGCACACGUUCCACACACCACUUCCACAUCUAAACAUCAUAGUUACUGUUCCCCCACAACAAGACUCUCUGCACACGUUCCACACACCACAUCUAAACAUCAUAGUUACUGUUCCUCCACAACAAGACUCUCUGCACACGUUCCACACACCACAUCUAAACAUCAUAGUUACUGUUCCUCCACAACAAGACUCUCUGCACACGUUCCACACACCACUUCCACAUCUAAACAUCAUAGUUACUGUUCCCCCACAACAAGACUCUCUGCACACGUUCCACACACCACAUCUAAACAUCAUAGUUACUGUUCCUCCACAACAAGACUCUCUGCACACGUUCCACACACCACUUCCACAUCUAAACAUCAUAGUUACUGUUCCCCCACAACAAGACUCUCUGCACACGUUCCACACACCACUUCCACAUCUAAACAUCAUAGUUACUGUUCCCCCACAACAAGACUCUCUGCACACGUUCCACACACCACAUCUAAACAUCAUAGUUACUGUUCCUCCACAACAAGACUCUCUGCACACGUUCCACACACCACAUCUAAACAUCAUAGUUACUGUUCCUCCACAACAAGACUCUCUGCACACGUUCCACACACCACUUCCACAUCUAAACAUCAUAGUUACUGUUCCCCCACAACAAGACUCUCUGCACACGUUCCACACACCACUUCCACAUCUAAACAUCAUAGUUACUGUUCCCCCACAACAAGACUCUCUGCACACGUUCCACACACCACAUCUAAACAUCAUAGUUACUGUUCCUCCACAACAAGACUCUCUGCACACGUUCCACACACCACAUCUAAACAUCAUAGUUACUGUUCCCCCACAACAAGACUCUCUGCACACGUUCCACACACCACAUCUAAACAUCAUAGUUACUGUUCCCCCACAACAAGACUCUCUGCACACGUUCCACACACCACAUCUAAACAUCAUAGUUACUGUUCCUCCACAACAAGACUCUCUGCACACGUUCCACACACCACAUCUAAACAUCAUAGUUACUGUUCCCCCACAACAAGACUCUCUGCACACGUUCCACACACCACAUCUAAACAUCAUAGUUACUGUUCCCCCACAACAAGACUCUCUGCACACGUUCCACACACCACAUCUAAACAUCAUAGUUACUGUUCCCCCACAACAAGACUCUCUGCACACGUUCCACACACCACAUCUAAACAUCAUAGUUACUGUUCCUCCACAACAAGACUCUCUGCACACGUUCCACACACCACAUCUAAACAUUAUAGUUACUGUUCCUCCACAACAAGACUCUCUGCACACGUUCCACACACCACAUCUAAACAUCAUAGUUACUGUUCCUCCACAACAAGACUCUCUGCACACGUUCCACACACCACUUCCACAUCUAAACAUCAUAGUUACUGUUCCUCCACAACAAGACUCUCUGCACACGUUCCACACACCACAUCUAAACAUCAUAGUUACUGUUCCUCCACAACAAGACUCUCUGCACACGUUCCACACACCACAUCUAAACAUCAUAGUUACUGUUCCUCCACAACAAGACUCUCUGCACACGUUCCACACACCACAUCUAAACAUCAUAGUUACUGUUCCUCCACAACAAGACUCUCUGCACACGUUCCACACACCACAUCUAAACAUCAUAGUUACUGUUCCCCCACAACAAGACUCUCUGCACACGUUCCACACACCACAUCUAAACAUCAUAGUUACUGUUCCCCCACAACAAGACUCUCUGCACACGUUCCACACACCACAUCUAAACAUCAUAGUUACUGUUCCUCCACAACAAGACUCUCUGCCGCUGAUCGGGAACGCUGGUAAAGCAUUCCAGAGAAAAGCCUUUGGAAUGACGUCUUCCACCACUGAGUUGUUGCCAUGGUCACAGUAAACAUUCCUGUAACAAGCCCUGAGAAAACAGAAGUGCCCCACUGACUGUAAAGGUUGCACACUGGUGAAUUUAUUCCAAACAUGACCCAAGGUGUGUGUAGGGUGGGUACUGGGGGAGUGUGUUAGUGGGCGCUGGGGGAGUGUGUUAGUGGGCGCUGGAGGAGUGUGAGGGGAGUUAAUGAGAGGAAUGUGAGGCUCGCAAAGCAUUUGCCCCUUUGGUAUCCAUCAGAUGUGCAUAUUGCCAAACAUGGGUCUGCCUCGCCCUACCAGCAUAAGAGACACGUACUCUGUCACUUCUACUGUACAGUAGGCUAUAUCUGUGUCUACAGGGGUGAAGGUGAUGGGGGGUCGAUCAAGAUUAGUUGUACUUACAGUGGAAAUUCAUUUUCACAGCUCACGAAAACACAAACAAUCGACUGAACAAACAAUAGCCAUAUAAGGAAAAGGGGUUAAGAGUGAAAUUCUUGUCUGGACUGAGAUAUAACUUCACUCCUUCCUUAUCAUGUUUAUGCCUUGAGAGUUGGUCCACAUUUCUGCGCUAUAGCAAAAUCAGAGAUACAACCACUACAAGGGAUAGUACAUCUAUCUAGCUAUCCCCCUUAAAGGGAUAGUAUAUCUAUCAAACUAUCCCCUUUAAAUUGAUAGUUUACUGCUAUAUGGGCAUUUUAUAAUUUGCUCACUUUAAAAGUUGUUUAUGGGCAACUACCUAUUGAG